CAAUAACUUAACUUAUAAACUUUUCAUUAAGACUUGAGCUGCAGUUUGCAAUCAGUUGAACAAAACUUUGCUUUAAUUUUGAAGUGAAAUCUUAACUAUUCUAACAACCCGCUACAAUGGAAGACGAUGGAAUUCAAGCUUUGGUUGUCGAUAACGGAUCCGGAAUGUGCAAAGCCGGGUUCGCCGGAGACGAUGCUCCUCGAGCCGUGUUCCCGUCGAUUGUUGGACGUCCCCGUCACACUGGUGUGAUGGUGGGCAUGGGUCAGAAGACCAGCUACGUCGGUGAUGAAGCCCAGGCCAAGCGAGGAAUUCUGUCUCUGAAGUACCCCAUUGAGCACGGAAUCGUGACCAACUGGGACGACAUGGAAAAGAUCUGGCAUCACACCUUCUACAACGAACUCCGAGUGGCUCCAGAGGAACACCCAGUGCUCCUUACUGAAGCACCUCUGAACCCUAAGGCCAACAGGGAAAAGAUGACUCAGAUUAUGUUCGAGACCUUCAACUGCCCCGCCAUGUACGUAUCCAUCCAAGCUGUACUGUCGUUGUACGCUUCUGGACGAACCACUGGAGUUGUGUUUGACUCUGGAGAUGGUGUCUCCCACGUGGUACCCAUCUACGAGGGAUACUCUCUGCCCCACGCCAUCAUGCGAAUGGACUUGGCUGGCCGAGACAUCACAGACUACCUGAUGAAAAUCCUGACAGAGAGAGGAUACUCUUUCACCACCACUGCCGAACGAGAAAUCGUGCGAGACAUCAAGGAGAAGCUGUGCUACGUCGCACUUGACUUCGAUGCCGAAAUGGCAACCGCCGCUUCUAGUUCGAGCCUGGAAAAGACUUACGAGCUUCCGGACGGUCAAGUAAUCACGAUCGGCAACGAACGAUUCCGAGCUCCUGAGUCACUUCUGCAGCCGUCACUCCUCGGAAUGGAAAUCGGUGGCAUCCACGACAACACCUACCAGUCAAUCAUGAAGUGUGACGUCGACAUCCGAAAGGAUCUCUAUGCCAACACUGUCAUGUCUGGAGGUACCACCAUGUACCCGGGUAUUGCAGACCGAAUGCAGAAGGAAAUCACCGCCCUGGCUCCCCCCACCAUGAAGAUCAAGAUUGUUGCUCCGCCCGAGAGGAAGUACUCUGUCUGGAUCGGUGGAUCCAUCCUGGCUUCGCUGGCUACCUUCCAGCAGAUGUGGAUCAGCAAGAACGAGUACGAUGAGUCUGGACCCUCGAUUGUGCACCGAAAGUGCUUCUAAGUCAGAUCCCUGAAGUCAUCUACUCAAAACUGGAUGAUAAACUAACUAAUAAAAGUUAUGAUUGAUUGCUACUAAUUAUUACUACCUUGGGUUGUAUACUUCAAAAUAAAGCUUUAUUAAUUUA